CAUUGUUGACGGUUUAGCAUCUUUUUAAUUGCCUGAUUCAAGGGCAAAGGCACUGAAAGAAGAAAAGAAGUGGGCAUUAUAGUCUUUUCACUGUUCAUCAGUCAGCACCAGCCACCCCUGCCUUGUCUUGUUUCCACAACGAAAAAACAAUUUAGUAACAAAAACCUGUUAGUUUCACUCUUUGCUGUUUCUUUCUUGAAUUUUCUCUCUCCAUCAAAGGAUUCAUCUUUGUUCCUGAGUUCUUCAAGAUUUUGCUGUGAUUUCUGCAAGGUCUGUACAUUCGUCCAAGUCACGGAUGAGGAGAUUGAUUAGUUGAAGAAGUUUGUUUAAACUUAAUUCACAGUAAUCAUGAACAUCGAUGAAGCUACAACGUUCAAAGAUCAGAAGGAAAAAUUGAGUACUUUUCUUGAGAUUGCUGAUACAGAGAAACAAUUGUUGGCUUCAAUCUAUUCUAAAGGUUUGUUGAAUAAAGAUGUCCAAGAUCUUUAUCACAAAGCCCGUUCCAGCUAUGAGAAUAUCAUUUUGAAUGAUUAUGAAGCUUUGGGGCUUCAAGAGGUUGAGUACUCUUUAUGGAAGCUUCACUAUAAGCACAUUGAUGAGUUCCGCAAAAGGAUUCGACAAGCUAAUGCUGAGAAAAAGAAAAGUGAAGGUUCAGAGUCGGAUACAAAUUCCCAUCUAGACGUUGACAAACAUAUGGAAGGAUUCAAGUCGUUACUAUCUGAAGCGACUGAUUUUUACCAAGAUUUGGUCAAAAAGCUGAGGAAAAGCUGUGGUCUUCCAUUGAAAUUCCCUCAGUGUCAAUAUGUUUGCCAUCGCUUUCUAGUUUGUCUUGGAGAUCUAGCCAGGUACACUGAACUUUGUAAGAAGCCCGAUGCCUGCAAGUGGUCAGCUUCUGCUGCGUAUUACCUGGAAGCAUCCCGGAUUUGGCCAGAUAGCGGGAACCCCCAUAAUCAGCUGGCACUCUUGGCAACGUACAUUAGCGAUCCAUUCCUUGCUUUGUAUCACUGUGUAAGAAGUUUGGCUGUGAAGGAGCCGUUUCCUGAUGCCUGGAAUAACCUCAUGUUGCUCUUUGAGGAGAACAGGUCAUCUCAUUUCCAUUCCCUUUCCAAUGAGGCGUACAUUGAUUUGCUAAAACCAUCGGAGAAAACUUCCUUGCAAACUGUAUCUCGACCAAGCUCUGGUUCUUCAAACAUCAAUAAAUUGGAAUCUAAUGGAAGUGUUUCCUCGGAAAAAUCAGAUAUAUGGCCUCUGUUUGUCAGAUUGAUAAGUUUCUUUCUUGUGAUAUCCAGUUUAGAGGAUUUCUCCCACACGCUAGCCUCCACUGUGAGACAAUUGGAAGCUCUGUUGGCAUUAGGCGAUGAAGAACUAAAGGCUGCACUCGAUUCCUAUCAGCAUAUGGAACCAUCUAGAAGCGGCCCAUAUCGUGCCCUUCAACUCGUCACCGUAUUCAUCUAUAUCAUCCAUAGCCUGACUGAAAGUGGGGAAGGGGAGGUGAUGAAAGCAGAGAACAAGGAGUCUGAUCUGACAAAAUUGGCACUUGCAGCUAUCUUCAUUUGCACUGGUCGUCUUAUCGAGAGAUGUCUGAAAGGAAGCCAUCCGGAAGUAUGUCCACUCUUACCCGCUGUGUUGGUGUUUGCUGAAUGGUUAGUGAACACACUUGAAAGAGCAGAAGCGUAUGCUGCAGAUGAAAGGGUAAGGAGUUCUAUGUCUUACUUUUUCGGUGCUUUUUCUGAUCUUCUGAACCGACUUGAACUCAGUGACAAUGGAAUUUCUCUGGACUACACUGCUCUUUGGGAAGACUAUGAGCUUAGGGGUUUUGAUCCAUUGGCACAUGCACACAUGACACUAGAUUUCACAAGUCAUCGGGAAUGUGUGGACAACUUCAGUAGUAUGAGUACAUGUCGGUCAUGGCGAAUAUUUCUUGCUGCAAAAAAACUUUCGGGUAGGUCCAGGGACUCGAAUAAGUGGAUCAUGUAUGAUGAAUUGGAGAAAAAGUUCUACACAGUGAAAUCCCGAUGUCCAGAUAAAGUGAAAGAAGACGUGGCUGUUACUGCUGAAGAGGAAGAAGUGAUUCUCUUUAAGCCUAUCAUGAGACAUAAUUCAGAACCGAUAUAUACAUCCACCCCCGGUAGUGAUCAAUUCUCUGUUGAAGGCUUAAAGGAAGUCACAACUCUUUCAGAUGAAUCCUUACGUCGUUCCACAUCUUUGAUCACCGGGCAAAACCUGACAGGUGUUGAUCCUUUAAGUUUUUACCCUGAUACCGCUAAUUUUAGGUAUACUAAGCCAUUCAAGCCACAAGAGCCUACCUUGAGGGACUCUGCAGCUUAUCCUGCUGGACCUCCAUCUCUCAAUGCUUGGGUCCUUGACAGUGGAAGUUCGAGAAAAGAAAGAGGUGUAAGGGGUUUCAAUAAGCACGAGUUAAGCCCUAUCGAGGAAUUAGCCUCACAAUCCUUCAAUAACCUUUCCAUCAAUGAAACGAAAGAUCCCAUAACCAGUUCUAGCCAUGUUUCUGACACUCCUUAUGUAACUCCGGUGCCUUCUGCCCCACUGUUGCCAGAAGAUGCUUCUUGGUUUAAAGGAAAUUCAUUGGGCUUUCCCGAGUUCAAAAGCCCUUCAGCAACUAAGGAAGGCAAUGGUAUUCUUGGUGCACCACCAGUUAGUGUUUACUCAAACCGGUUAACAACUCGUGGACCAUUUGAUUUUGUGGCAGGACCUCCCGGUUUUGUUGAUGGAUACCCACCACAGAUUGGGAUGAGUUCUUCUGAAUGGCUCUAUCACUAUAGGAACACUCAAAAUGUUGAGCGGGUUAACAACAAUAAUCACCUAUGGCCUUCUCACGUAAACGCACCAACUACCCUUGGGAACUUGAGUACAACUAAUGUUGCCAGGUUUGAUUUUCUAGACCAAUGGGGAAACCGUUUGGUUUCAAGCCCAAUGGUAUAUUUGGAAAGCCCACAAUUGCUUCCAAGUCCUCUCAUGUACAGUGUAGAUGAACAAAGGCGGGAUAAGCCUCUGCUUAGCUUCCAGAGAUCGUCUCCUUAUUCUUUUGGUGCCGGUAUGGAGUUGAAACCCCCCGAGCAACCAAUUUUGCCACACUAUCUAAAAGACAGCGAAUGGCAAGUACAGCCUGAAUCUCAAUAUAGAGCUCCAUCUUUUAUGGGGAACUGAGUCUAAUAGAUCAUACUUCUCAUACUAUUGCUUGUUAUUAUGAACUUGUUUUUGACUAUGUGCCUCACAUUGCAAUUUACCAUUCAUCACAUCUUCAAUUGGUUACAUUACGGGGAAUUUAGCUGCAUUCACAUGUAAUGAUGUAUUGAUGUAGAUAUGUUCUUGUUGCACUCCCGGGAUGCUGUACCUUUGUAUAUCUAAGAUGAAUGUAUGCUCUCAAGUUGUAAAGGCAGUCCACAAUUAUUUCUUUU